AGCAAAUCAUCUUUCAACGCCAUAAUAAUUAUUUCAUCGCCUUCUGUCGUGAAGCCGAGAUCAUUCGUGCAUAUAGUGAGACUCUCUCGUUAAAUAAGGGAUUGUCCGGUCAACCUGAACGAGUUUAAACUGGAUUUGUUUUGAAAGUCCAUUAUGAUCACUGUGGGUGUAUUAACAGUGAGUGACCGUUGCUCUAGUGGUGAAGCUGUAGAUGAAAGUGGAGCCAACCUUGUUGCACUCAUUCAAAAUGGCAAGAUUUUUCAGGUGCAGGCGAAGGUCAGCAAGACUGAUUGUGUACCAGAUGAAGUACAUCUUAUUAAGGAGAAACUACUAGAGUGGUGUGCAGAAGACUUAAACUUGGUCAUCACAACAGGAGGAACUGGAUUUGCACAACGUGAUGUCACUCCAGAGGCUGUGAGGGAGGUCAUCGUAAAGGAAGCCCCUGGACUUACAACUCGGAUGAUUACAGAAUCCCUCAGAGUGACCCAACUAGCUAUGCUCUCACGAUCUGUUUGUGGUAUCCGCGAUAAGACACUCAUUGUGACCUUGCCGGGGAGCAAGAAAGCUUCAGAGGAAUGCCUGAGGUUUAUUGCUCCUUCAAUACCACAUGCAGUUGAUGUUCUCCUGGGACACAGCACAGGCAUACAAGAGACUCAUUCAGAAUUGCAGGGUCAAGGUGUUGUCACUCACCACCACCACCACCAUGUUGGUCAUUCACAUGCGCAUGGACAUCAUUACCAUAAUCACCACCAAAAGUUGCAUCACCACCACCACCAUCACCAUCAUUCUGUUGGCAACACCGAGUCGAAGGCAGAUGUUUCUCAGAUUUGUAGGCGACCUAGGAAAUCCCCUUACCCUUUGAUAUCAGUUGAGGAAGCCACUGAAAUAAUUAUGAAAAAUGCUUGGCAGUGUGGAGCAAAAAGAGUUGGGAUGGCUGAGUCCCUGGGAUAUGUUUUAGCAGAGGAUAUCCAGGCUAAAGACCCUUUGCCUCCUUUUCCAGCCUCUAUUAAAGAUGGAUAUGCUGUAGUUGCCAGUGAUGGAGCAGGCCUAAGAAAAGUGAAGGGAAGUUCUACAGCAGGAUGUAAGCCAGAGGAGUAUGUUGUUAAUAGUGGUGAAUGUAUUAGAAUCAAUACAGGAGCCCCAGUUCCUCCAGGUGCGGAUGCUGUCGUUCAGGUAGAAGACACAGUGUUAACAAUAGGAGCAGAUGAGGGGCGAAAAGAGAUUGAAAUAGAAAUCCUGAAGACUCCACAAGUAGGUCAAGAUAUAAGACCCACAGGAAGUGACAUAGCUGCCAAUCAGAUUGUCCUAAGUAAAGAUACUCUUCUUGGUCCAUCUGAAGUAGGCCUGCUAGCAACUGUUGGUGUGACAGAGGUGUUAGUCACAAGCAAACCUACUGUUGCUGUCAUGUCAACAGGAAAUGAAUUGCAGGAACCUGGUGAGCCCUUGAAGGAGGGACACAUUCGUGACAGUAACAAGACAACUUUGAUAUCGCUACUGAAGCAACAUGAUUUGCCUUUCAUUGAUGCCGGAAUUGCCAAAGAUGAACCUUCUGCUCUUCUAAACACACUAAAAACUGCCUUAUCUGAAGCAGACAUAUUAGUGACAACAGGUGGUGUCUCAAUGGGGGAAAAAGAUCUUUUGAGACCAGUUCUUCAGUCUGAUUUCCAAGCUGAAAUUCAUUUUGCUCAAGUAUUCAUGAAACCAGGCAAACCAACUACUUUUGCGACUUGUACCUACAAUGGCCAAAAGAAGUUAAUUCUGGGGCUUCCUGGUAAUCCUGUAUCUGCUGUGGUUACCUCUAACCUUUACUUGUUACCAUUGUGUCGGAAAAUGAGUGGAAGACCCAACUAUAUGUACACUGUAAUUAGAGCAAAGUUGGCUGCACCUGUUCAGCUUGACCCAAGGCCAGAGUACCACCGAGUAACUUUAUGCUGGAAGCCUGGGGAUGAGCUGCCCAUAGCAUAUUCUACUGGUAACCAAAUUUCCUCUCGUCUCCUGUCGUUGGCAUCAGCUCAAGCACUACUUAGACUUCCAGAUCGUACUGAAGAGUUGCAGUGUCUUCCACAAAACUGUCUAGUGGAUGCUUUAAUUCUUAGUUUAUAAUUUUCCCAAAAGGCCUUGAGUUCAUGUGCAGCAUGUAUAUUUACUAAUAUUCACCUUAAUUCUUACUUUCUUAGUUGUAUUUUUUCAGGUGGAGGAGUUUAUUUUGAUUAGCAAUUACUAACAACAAAAGAGGUUCUUGCAUGAGAUGAGAAUGAUACAGUGGUACCUCGACAUACGAAAGGCUCAACUUACGAAAAACUCGAGAUACGAAAGCAAAUACGAAAAAUUUUACAGCUCUACAUAAAAAAAUUGCUCAAGUUACGAAAGGUUGCUGAAAGUCUCGAGAUUCGCCCGGACCACCAAGCAAUUUUAAAACUCGCGCGCCACCAACUGAGUAAACUCGCCACCAUCCUCCCGCUCUCCCAUUGGUUCCUGAUGCUAGUCACCCCAUAAGAUCUUGCUCUCCUAUUGGUCAGCAUCUACCCCUUGUGCUGUAUGUAUUCUAUUGGUAAAAAGAUGCUGUAAAUUGAAAAACUUAUUCAUGCAAUACAUUUAAUAAAAAAAAACAUUAGGUAAAGAUAGAAUAAAGAAUAGAAAUGAAUGGUUAUUAUACUGUUUGGUAGUUUCAGUUGUUGAAGAGAGAUAAUGAAAAUUUAUGGCUUACUGUGUACUAGGAAAAGUGAUUGCUUGGCGAUCGUUCGAUACUCGUAAGUGCUGGAUGUAAACAGAAGUUUGGUAGCUUUUUUGUUUGUUUGUUUAUUAUAGUUAAUGGUUACUUAAUAAUUAUUUGAAAUGAGUACAUGCAAUACAUUUAAUAAAAAAAAUUGUGAAUUAGAUAUCAUAAAAUAUAAAAUAAAUCAGACUGCUAUCAUCGAAGCGAACAAAUAUGUAUUUUUUAGAAUUCUUCUGUUUUAAUAUUACGAUACGUAUGUUUCAUUAUAGCUGUCAGUAACUCGGUAUCUCCAUUAGGUAAAGAUAGAAUAAAGAAUAAAAAUGAAUUGUUAUUAUACUGUUUGGUAGUUUCAUUACUUGAAGAGAGAUACUAAUGAAAAUUUAUGGCUUACUGUGUCCUAGGAAAAGUGAUUGCUUGGCGUUCGUUUGGUACUCGUAAGAGCUGAAUGUAAACAAACGGUUGGAAGUUUGUUAUUUUUUUUUAUUUUAUUAUAGUUAAUGAUUAAUUAAUAAUUAUUUGAAAUGAAUACAUACUGAUUAUUUAUACAUUUUAUUGGCAUAUUCUAAGCUUUUAGCUUCUUAGGUUUAGAUGUCAGAAUCAUAGACUAGGCUACAGUAGCAAACGCUAACAUAGGCUAGGCUAAUUGCUAAGGGACAUAUGCUUAAGUCCUAAUAUAUGCAAUAAAAAUGGGGUUGAACAUUACAUGCAGUUGAAUAUUACUCAAGUAUGUACAGUAUUUUGCCUUUUUGGAGUCAUAUUUCUUCCGUCGGAUCGGCGUCAUAACCCUAGAAAAUGUGUUGUAGGCCUGGAAAUAUAAUUUACUGGGGUGUUUUUGUAGGGCUUGGAACGGAUUAGGCAUUUUACAUGUAAAAUGCGGUUUAAGAUACAAAAAAAUCAUGAUACGAAGGCUGCCUCGGAACGGAUUAAUUUCGUAUCUCGAGGUACCACUGUAUCUGUACUGUAUUUUGUAAUUAAAUGCAUUGCCAACA